GACAUUACGCUGAUAUAUGUUUGGUACCGAAUAAUCCUGGGGUCUCUACGGCGGCCAAAUCAGUUUAAAACGCAUGUUAUAAGUCUUCGCAAGAAUUUAGGUAAAGAUGAUGGAUGAAGAAUGAAUCUUUCGCCCGAACUGAGGACGCUCAGGCCGGCCAGUCGCUCCCCGAUGCGUCGGCUGGAUAAAGUCCAGGAAAAGCAGCAGAGCGCAGAUGCUCGCGGGAUCGGCUGGAAUAUGGCUCUCUCCAGAGGUUUGAGAUGCUGCCAGAGGGUUUUCUCCUGGAUCCCCGUCCUGAUCAUCGCCGCCGUCGUGCUGUGGUCCUACUAUGCCUACGUCUUCGAGCUGUGCCUGUUUACGCUCAGCAAUCCUUUGGAGAAAGUGGUUUAUCUGUUGGUGUUUCACGUCUGCUUUGUGAUGUUCUCCUGGACCUACUGGAAGUCCAUAUUCACCCCUCCUGCCACACCCUGCAAAAAGUUUCAGCUGUCGUACUCCGACAAGCAACGCUACGAGAUGGAGGAGAGGCCGGACGCCCAAAAGCAAAUCCUAGUGGAGAUCGCCAAGAAGCUGCCCAUUUUCACCCGAGCUCAAUCUGGAGCUAUCAGGUUCUGUGACCGCUGCCAGGUGCUGAAGCCUGACCGCUGUCACCACUGCUCCGUUUGUGAAACGUGUGUGUUGAAGAUGGACCAUCACUGCCCCUGGGUGAACAACUGCGUUGGUUUUUCCAACUACAAGUUUUUUCUUCUGUUCCUGGCCUACUCUAUGCUGUACUGUAUAUUCAUUGCUGCCACAGUCUUUCAGUAUUUUCUCAAGUUCUGGGUGGGGGACUUGCCAAAUGGGCCCGCAAAGUUCCACGUCCUCUUCCUCAUGUUUGUAGCACUCAUGUUCUUCGUGAGCCUCAUGUUCCUCUUUGGCUACCACUGCUGGCUGGUGGCUAAGAACAGAUCCACUUUAGAGGCCUUCUCUGCUCCCGUCUUUGUUGGUGGACCAGACAGAAACGGGUUCAAUGUUAGCAUGCGCAAAAACCUGCAGCAGGUUUUUGGAGAGGACAGGAGACUGUGGUUUCUCCCCAUCUUCACGAGCCAAGGAAAUGGCCACUACUUCCCUGUGAAGAGUCAGAGUUCUGAAUCACAUAACCCCUUAUUAGCUAAUGAAGACAUGUGGGAAGAGUCAGAUGAUGGCUCUGAAGAAGGAAGCCAGGGUGAGUUCACUAAAUCUGGAGACGCAGACCCUUCUGUUACCAUAGAGAUGGAGGAGUAAUUUGCGCCGGUGCAGAGGAUGUAGACUUUUAUCCCGCACACUGUGUACCGCCAGGUGAACGCAUUCCAAAUCAUGUGGAUGUUGGGACACACCGUAGGGGGCCAAACAAGUGGGUUACUGCCUGCAUUCAGAUGAUUUGCCAAUUCUCCCCCUCCCUCGAUGCUUUAUAUGAUAAGGAAAAAAAAGAGCUCGCUGGAUGAGCAGGGCCAUCCUUAGCCCUAUCACAGAUGGAUAAACAGCUGCGAUUUUAUUCAGAGAAUAUUUGUGAAGUAUUACCUCACCUACAGAGAAAGUAAUUAUGUGUGUUCAUAUCAUGAUUGAAAGCACCACCUUCUAUAGGAUUGUUUGUUGUGCUGCAGGGGAAGUGGGAAGCUUCUGUUUGCGACCGAGCCGUUGACCAAGUCUCGGUUUCAUCACUGGAUGGUACCUAAUAACCUCAGAAUUCUCGUUGUGACUUUACCUUUGUGGGUGGUUUACAGAGUAUUUACAUAAGACUUCACGUUAUGUCUUUCCAUUGAACACAAGCAUUUUGUAAUAUCUCACCUGGCAUAACUUAUUUAAGUAUAGUUUUAGGGGGUCAGGCUUCUCCUAAGAAUGUGUCUUGGCCAUCGUCAUGCUUUAAGCACACAGAUGUGAAAGAACCCAUAUCCAUUUUAUCGCAUCGUGUUGCAGUUAAGAGACCCAUCAGUGCAUCUGCUCAGACCAGAAAAUGUAAGCCUGCAUAAACAUUUGUGCAGCUUAAACUUGUGUCCUUGUGUAUUAAGGCAGAUGUCAUUUGUAUUAUUUAUGAUUUCUCAGAAUUUUAUGUAUAUCAUGACUUAAUUCUUGGAGGCUACUGAAAAUCCUUUGAGUCUGGAAUAGGCGUAUGAGACACACUGUGUUUAUUAACCGUUUUUAUCACUAUAUCAGAUCAACUGUUCCUGAUGUAACACUCAAGUGUGGCUGGGAUAAAAUGAGCUGAAAACAGCUUUUGUCAUAUGCACAAUACUAUGCAGGGGGGUGGAUGUUUAUUUUUCUGCGUUUCCAUUUUUUGCUCUAAAGUCAGAACUGUACAUAUUUUUAAACAGCUGAUCCUCAUCCACUGGCUGGUCGAGGACAGAUUUAAAAAACAAAACUAUAUGUAUAUUGGUAUGUCUGUGCAAGUAUUUCUAAAUUUUUAAUCGCACUGAGACAGAUCCGACUUCCGAAUAUAGUCAGUUAUAAAUCAUUUCUGUAGUGGAGUGCCCCCAUUGUUUCAGUAAUGAGUAAAAAUUGGGCCUUUUCCAAACCUUGACACCAUUCCAUUUGGACACCUUAAGUCAUUACAUCGGGCCUGUCUUUCCUUAUUGUUCAAGCUAAAUCAAAUGCUGCUCAUUUCUGAGAAGCCCUCGUUGGGAUUUGAACCGUGCGCGUUAUGAGACGUGCUUUAAAGUGUGUGUAAAAACUGAUUAGGAAACAUGUUAAUGUUGAGUGUUUCAUAUUGUCUUGUCUAUUUAUUGUGGGACUGUUAAGCUUUUAUUCCCCUGUGUAUUGAGUUUACUGAUUUAUACCUGCUGCAGGCAGUCUUUGUAUAUUUUGCUCCCUUCUGUGACACUUUAAAUAAACGUUUGAAGCCAUGUGCU